UCCGCCAUUCUCAGGCUUGACUGUGAGUCUGAGGGAAGCUCUAGUGUGUCCUGUGCGUUGUGCUGAGAGGAGAGCGGGCGAGCUGCGAGUCCGCGCCAUGGCUGCAGUGACCUAUGAGGAUGUGCAUGUGAACUUCUCUCAGGAAGAGUGGGCUUUGCUGGAUCCUUCCCAGAAGAGUCUCUACAGAGAUGUGAUGCUGGAGACCUGCAGGAACCUCACAGCUAUAGGCUACAAAUUGCAAGACUACAAUAUUGAAGAACACUGUCAAAGUUCUAGAGAAUGUGGAAGCAUCUGUCAUUGUGGAUACAUGCCUUGUGAGCAUAAGGGAUAUGGAAGGAACCGAUGUACUUUUGCACAUAAGAGUUUUCUUCAAACAUAUGAAAGGAUCCAUACUGAAGAGAAACCCUAUGAAUGCAAUCAGUGCAGUAAAGCCUUUGCAAAUUUCCGUAGUCUUCAAAAACAUGAAAGAAAUCAUACUAGAGGAAAACCCUAUGAAUGUAAUCAGUGUGGUAAAGCCUUUCCAAGUCGCAGUGCUCUUCAAAUACAUGAAAGAACUCAUACGGGAGAGAAACCCUAUGAUUGCAAUGAGUGUGGUAAAGCCUUUGCACGUCACAGUAAUCUUGAUAUACACAAGAGAACUCAUACAGGAGAGAAACCCUAUGAUUGCAAUGAAUGUGGUAAGGCCUUUUCAACUCGCAGUCAUCUUCAAAUACAUGAAAUAAUUCAUACUGGAGAGAAACCCUAUGUAUGUAAUCAGUGUGGUAAAGCCUUUGCAUAUCGCAGUAAUCUUGAAGCACAUGAAAAAACACACACUGGAGAGAAACCUUAUGAGUGUAAUCAAUGUGGCAACGCCUAUGCAAGUCGUAGUAGUCUUCGAAAUCAUGAAAAACAUCAUUCUGGAGAGAAACUCUAUGGAUGUAAUCAAUGUGGUAAAGCCUUUGCACGUCGGAGUAGUCUUGAAAUACAUGAAAGAACUCACACUGGAGAGAAACCUUAUGUAUGUAAUCAAUGCUGUAGAGCUUUUGCACGUCGCAGCAGUCUGCAAAUACAUGAAAGAACUCACACUGGAGAGAAACCUUAUGAGUGUAAUCAGUGUGGUAAAGCCUUUGCAAGUCGUACUAGCCUUCAAAAUCAUGAAAAACAUCAUACUGGAGAGAAACCAUAUGGAUGUAACCAGUGUGAUAAAGCCUUUGAAUUAAAGUGUGAUCUUCAAAUACAUGAAAGAACUCACACUGGAGAGAAACCGUAUGGAUGUAAUCAAUGUGGUAAAGCCUUUGUAAGUCGUCGUUAUCUUCGAAAUCAUGAAAAACAUCACACUCUUGAGAAACUCUAUGAUUGUAGUCAAUGUGGUAAAUCCUUUGCAAUUUUCAGAUAUCUUCAAAAACACAAAAAAACUCAUACCGGAGAGAAACCAUAUAAAUGUAGUCAUUGUGGUAAAGCCUUUGCAUAUCGAAGUAAUCUUUAUAGACAUGAAAGAAGUCAUACUGGAGAGAAACUGUAUGAAUGUAAUGAAUGUGGUAAAGCCUUUGCAUAUUAUACUAGUCUUCAUAAUCACAAAAAAUGUCAUAUUGGAGAGGAUCCUUACGAAUGUAAUUGAUGCAAUAAGUUUUGACACAUCGGUGUAAUCUUUAGUUCAUCAAAGAAGUCAUACUGGAGAGAAACCCUGUGAAUGUAAUCAAUGGGAUAAUGCCUCUGCACCUUAUAGUCUUCAAAGGCAUGAAAAAAAUCCCUACUGGAGGAAAACACUAUGAAUAUAAUAAAUGCAGUAAACCUUUGCACACCAA